UCGUCUCCAAUCUCAGUCGCCCGACUGGUUAUCUCUCGUGCGAGAAGGAACGUCGAAGGUGGCCGUUGACCAUCCACCGCCGCCGCAUUUCUUCGCGAGAUAGUCGAGCAGUGACAGCGUGUCGUCGCCUCAACGAUGUUCAAGUAUCUCGCCGUUGUUCUCGUGCUUUCGCACGGGAUUCCAGGACAGAUCCUUUAUCCGGGUGCAAAUGAACCGGGUGUCGCGAACCUUAGCGUGGCGAGAAAGGCGGAUACGUACAAUUGUAGCGCGGUCGCAGAGGAGUUAAGCAAGAAACCGACGGUUACGAUGAACGGGAACACUAAUUACCAUGUGGGCCAACAGAUCUUUUACGUGUACGGUGAGCAACAAUUCAGGAAAUUAUUUGGGGGCGCUAAGAGCGCGGGAAACAUCGAAAAUGACUAUCUCGUCACGGAGGGUAUAGGAGCGCACAAGCUCCAUCGUCGCAAGGUCAUUUGGAACAAGGCCCGAAGGACUUGCAUCGAAGAAGGAGGUCACUUGGCGAUUAUCAAUUCGGCUUCCGAGGAGAAGAUUCUCUUGCGCAUGAUGCAAGAAAAGAGCAUAGGCGAAGCCUGGCUCGGACUUCACGACCUUUACGAAGAAGGUGACUGGGUCACCAUCACCGACGAGGCUCUGGAGAACACCGGAUACAGCAAGUGGUCGACGAAAUUCGCGAAUCUGCCCGAUAAUUACGGUGGCUCGCAGAACUGUGCGGUUCUCCUCACGGAGGGCGGCAUAGACGACAUCAGUUGUACAAUAACGCAAUCCUUUUUCUGCGAGAUUUCCUUGUAAACCGGCAGGAUGUUGGAGAUUCGACCAGCCUGGUCGUUUAUGCGCAUUUAUAGCAGAGUAUAUAAAUAAAUAAUGAGUAAGCCUGUAACGUA